CGCGCGUCGGCCCGCGAGACCACACCACCCCUUCGGCUCGGCGCUGCUCGGCGCAGCUCAGCGCGCGGCUCGGCGCUCGCGAUACCCCCGACACGUGGCUCGGCUGUGCUCGGCGCGCGUGGAACCCUCCAGGAUGGCGCCAUGAGGCCAUGGCGGUGCACGGCCGGCGCCGGGGCCGGCGGCGGCGCAGGGGGCGUCUUCGGCAUCCUGGCCGCCGCCCUGGUGGCAGCCCUGCUGGCCGCGCUGCACCUGACGGCGGCCGCCGACCUGGACAACCACUGGGUGCUGUACUACGACACGCCGUGCUGCGUCCACGACCGCCAUGUCCGCCACCACAAAGAUCACGUGCGGAGCUUCUCCUGCGGCCGGCAGUACUACCGCUCCAUGUACCUGGACGAGGAGCGGGACGCCCUCUUCCUCGGCGCCAUGGACCGCGUGUACCGGCUGAACCUCGGCAACAUCAGCCAUUCACAUUGUGAGAGAGACUCCCUGCUGCUGGAGCCCACCAAUGUGGCCAACUGCGUCUCCAAGGGGAAGUCCGAGCACUUCGACUGCCGGAACCACAUCCGGGUCCUGCAGCCAGUGGACGACGGCAAGCGGCUGUACGUGUGCGGGACCAACGCCCACAGCCCCAGGGACUGGGUCAUAAACAAAGGGAAAGAAAGAAAAAAGAUAUUUUUGUGUGUGUUGCUUGUCUCAAAUGACCGUAAUUCUCCGCUCCGCCUGUCGCCAGAGCCCAACUUUGUGGGAUCCUUCGACGUGGGCGAGUACGUGCUCUUCUUCUUCCGGGAGACGGCCGUCGAGUACAUCAACUGCGGCAAGGCGGUGUUCUCGCGGGUGGCGCGGGUGUGCAAGCGCGACACCGGCGGCAAGAACAUCCUGGUGCACAACUGGGCCACGUACCUCAAGGCCAGGCUCAACUGCUCGCUAACGGGCGAGUUUCCCUUCUACUUUAACGAAAUCCAGAGCGUGUACAGGCCGGACGACGAUCCAGACCGCUUCUACGCCGUCUUCACGACCAGCUCCUACGGGCUGACGGGCUCGGCCAUCUGCGCCUUCACGCUGCAGGACAUCCAGGAGGCCUUCCGGGGCAAGUUCAAGGAGCAGGCCACCUCGACGUCGGCCUGGCUGCCCGUCCUGAGCAGCAAGGUGCCGGAGCCGCGGCCCGGCGAGUGCGUCAACAACACCGAGAGUCUCCCGGACUCGGUUCUCAACUUCAUCCGCUCGCACCCGCUGAUGGACUCGGCGGUGUCGCACGAGCACGGCCGGCCCGUCUUCUACACGCGGGAGACGACCUUCACCCGGCUGGCCGUGCACCUGGUGCGCCAGGGCGAGCGGCUCUACCGCGUGUUCUACGCCGGCACCGCGGGCGGUCAGGUGUACAAGAUCUCGCAGUGGUCGGACGGCUCCGGGGCCUCGUCACUGCUGCUCGACGUGUGGGACGUGACGCCGGGCGACGCCAUCCGGCUACUCGAGCUCUCGGAGCGCCACCAGUCACUGUACGCCGCGUCCGACGCGCGCGUCACGCAGAUCGGCGUGGUGCAGUGCGCGCGCCGACACACGAGCUGCCUGCGCUGCGUGCGCGACCCCUACUGCGGCUGGAGCGCCGAGACGCACUCCUGCAAGGCGUCCGGGGCCGCCGACGGCCUGCUGCAGGACGUGGAGGGCGCGCUGCCGCGGGUGUGCGACGGUGCGGUGGCGCGCAAGCAGCUGGCCGUCACGUGGGGCCAGUCCGUCCACGUGAGCUGCUUCGCCACCCCGCCGCCGUCGGGAUCCGCGCCGCCGCCGCCCCCGCACCGCGCCGCCCCCGCGGCCGCGAGGCCGCCGCCGCCACUGCAGUGGACGCACCUGGACCGGGCGGUCAUCUUCCGGCCCGACAAGUACGUCGAGACGGCGGCCCACGGCCUCGUCAUCCUGGCCGUGACGCAGCAGGACGCGGGCCGCUACGACUGCCUGCUCGACGGCCGCCUCCUCUGCUCCUACAACGUGACCGUGAACGCGGAGCGCUGCGGCGCGCCCGGCCGGCCGCAGGACUACCAGCGGGUGUACGCCGACUGGUGCCACCAGCUCAACAAGUACAAAGCCGCCAUGCACGCCUGGGAGCAGCGCCAGUCGCAAUGCGGCGUGAAACAGAACGACAGCGUGCUCCGGAGCAACGAGAUCAGCCCGGCCGCCCCCUUCGCGUGACGCGGCGAGUGCGAGGCGAAGCAAGAGGCCCCGAGUCCGUCCCGGGAGAGGCGACGCCGCCGCCCCGGCGCCGUCAUCGCCACCGCCAUCUUGAGGAUCACGAGCGGCAUCAGCGGGGGAUGUGCACGCGUCAGGCGGAGAAUGAGGCGUCCAAUAUGAAUGUGCCCGUCCUGGUCAGAGUACCGCGCCAGCCCUUUUUGUCGGGUGUCCCCCCCCCCCUCUCCGAGACACCCGGUUAUAGAGUACGUUUCUGAGGUCGCAACCACCAACACUGACAAUAAAUAAUUUCUGCGACGAAUUUCACACAACACGUCGAAAUCAUGAUGAUUACCAAAGACUUUGUAUCGUUAAUAAUUGUUGACGAAUGACUCGUGGCUGACAAAAUGAAAGUGUGGGCGCGACGCGAUUGAGUCAAGGAGCUCUGUGCUGUGAUUGGGCUGCCGACGUACCUGUUUGUGGAAACGCUAGCGUACACUGUUAGGUAAGUCGUCGUAAGAAUGUUAGAUCUUAAAAACGUGUGUGUGAGUGCUACCAACAGCUGACUCGCAAGGUUGCCAUGAUGGCUCGCAUAAAAACAAAAAUGUACGACGCUUUUAGUCAAAGACUACGGAUAAAAACUAACAGUGUACGGAGCGUGAGUAUUCGGAUUGUUGUUUUGAAUCGUUAUUUUAUAAUUACUAUUUGUCGGAGUAAGUCGUUCAACGAAGUUGUUUGUUACAAUGUAAAAUUGUACUUGUAAAUACGCACAUUGUACAAUUGGAACCUGAAGGCAAUAAAAUGUACAUAUGAUUCGAA